AUGACCUCCACGAUCGAUGAACCUGAAGAUGACCCAAGAGCUGAUGUGAUUGGCGGGAUCGAGCUCGAAGAGAUGCUUGCUGCUAUCGAGCUAGUUGGCGUUGGCGGACUAGAGCUAGAGCUAGACUGGGAGCUUGUCGUGGUGGUCGUCGACUCCGCACCUCCUGCUCCCCCUCCCCCUCCACCGCCGCCACCAAUGGGAGGAACAACGGGUACACCGCCAAUCACGGGAAUAGCAAUUGGAGCCACGGGGACAUAUGGGUUUCCAUUAGCGUCCACAGUGGUGGAGAAGGUUUCUGACGAAAUGGAUGUUUGUGUAGAUUCCCUUCUGCUCCAAGUACUUCUGGCACUCGUUUCAGUGGGCUUUGAACCUGUGCUAGAUCCCGGGUUGGAUGAUGUUCCUGCCGAAGUACUCUCCGAGGUGGUGGAAACUCUGGUGCCAGUUGAAGAUGCGACAGAAGUUAUUGUUGACGUUGGAGGUGCGCUGGAACUGAAGCUGGAGCUAAACGAGGAGGAGCUCUCAGAGCUACUGGUCUGGGAUGUCAAAGACGAAGACGCACGAGAGGUGCUGCUGCUGGACGAGGAGGCCGUGCUAGAGCCAGAUGAUGUUGAGCUUCUGCUUGAAGUUUUACUAGAGCUUGAAGAUUUCUUGCUUGAGCUCUUCGAACUUGAAGACGUGGAGGAUGAUCUGGAUGAUGUCGUAUUACGGUGCGUCGUCGUGGAAUUGGUGAACAAUCGAGUUGAGAAUGUGCUUGGGCCCGUCGAGUUGAAAGACGGCGGAGGUGUUACAGUGGGAUCCAGGGGACCUGUCUGA